AUGGCUGCAUCUUAUGUGAUGAGGGUGGAGCGCGCCGCGGAGGGCGGGAAGACGCGCCAGUUGCCCGGUGGCCUCGGCGCGGCGCGCACAGCCAUGAGUCGCGUGGAGCAGUGUCCCGGCGGGCCGCAGCCGCGCCGCCGCGCGCCAGUCGCCAGGAUCCCCACGCGCGCGGAGCUGCCCACCCUCACGCACCUGGCCAAGAGGCCCGCCGUCGACGUGGAGCUGCGCGACGUGGGGUGCCGUGUGCGCGCCGGGGGAGAGCAACGGGUGAUCCUCAAGUCCGUGAACGGCCACUUCCGGAGCGGCGAGCUGACGGCGAUCCUCGGGCCCUCAGGAGCCGGCAAGAGCACCCUCAUGGGCAUCCUGGCGGGUCACAGCCGAUUCAGUGAAUCUAAACGCCUCCCGGCGAGCGAGCGGUCGGGAGUACGUAGUUCCGCCUCCCGGCGCGGCGCGGCGCGGCGGUAG